CUAUCUGCCAUCACACGGGGAGAAUAAUUGGUGUAUGUGGUGAACUGUAUAGUGGUAUUGAGUGGGUAGUGUGACGUUCUCAUCAUCUGUAGCAGCGAUAACAUUAGCAGCGAAGGUAGUUUGUCCGAUUGACUGACUGGCUGACUGACGAACCGACUGAUAGCCGCAGCAACUAAGCGAUGAGUGCGAAUAUUAGUGACGAGGAACCGAAGAUGUCUAGAUUGUUAAAGUUAGCUCAGAAGUUUAACUGUUUCUACCUGAAUGGCCUAGCGAAGGGCGAGUGUCGUCCCUUCGUCAUCGAUGGACAGCAGGUGGGAUUGAUUAGUCAAAAUGUGAUGGAGCAAUUGUUCAAGUACCCGGAGGUGUUCUGUAUCAAGGAUGCUGAGCAGGGAAAACAGAACAUCGUCGAGCUGAAUCCGGCCUUCCGGGACUACACCGAACGUUCGGAACAGGUCGAUCGGGUGCUGAAAGAGUUCCGCUCCCAGGGCGUAUUCGUGGCCCUGAAAGGAUGGCGCAACGAAUGCUACGAAGUUCGGAGUGCCGUCGGUUCGCUCAUGAAAAUGGAACGCUCGGCCACGUCCCUGUUCGGGGUGCGUAACUUUGGCGUCACAAUCAACGGGUACAUCCAGCAUCCCACCAAGGGUCUGUGCAUUUGGCUGCAGCAACGGGCGGACACCAAGCAGACAUGGCCCGGCAAGUGGGACAACAUGGUCAGCGGAGGACUGUCCGUGGGCUACGGCAUUCACGAGACGGCAGUCAAGGAAGCCGCCGAGGAAGCAUCCAUUCCGGAGCGCCUGCUACGGGACCUGGUCUCCGCCGGUUGUGUAUCGUUCUUUUUCGAAAGCGAACGGGGUCUGUUCCCGAACACGGAAUUCGUCUACGAUCUACAGCUGCCGGAAGACUUCGUGCCUGAAAACAGCGACGGAGAGGUGCAAGACUUUCAGCUGCUACCGGCCAAGGAGUGCCUGGAGAGGUUAUACGCACCGGACUUCAAGACAACCAGUUGUCCGGUGGUAGUUGACUUCAUGAUUCGCCAUGGAAUUAUCACUCCGGAAAAUGAGAAAAAUUUCACGCAGGUCGUUGAACUCCUGCACGUGCCGCUUCAAUCGCUCUACACCUAUCGAACGCCACAGACAAACGGCCUCAACAGUAGUAACGGUUUAAAAAAUGGUAGGAUCUAAAUCAAUCGCUUCGUCAAUCAGAGACAGCACGUGAAGUUGCAUGAUAUAUCCUAACAAGAUAGAAACAGGUUUUUACGGAAAUUGAUUGCAGUUAGGCUAUUUACAUUAAUAUUAUUAUAUAUACAUAACAUAUAUGCUACGUAGGUGUUCUUGUCUUGUCGUUUUUAAAACUCAAUCUGCUAAAUCUAUAUCUAUCAAUAUCUACCCCGGUAGCCUAAACCAAUUAAAUCUUGCAAGCUACAAUCUUACUACCUAUCGUCGAUUAUUCGUUUCCGAUUCGUUUCCAGACGAGAGUUGCUCGUUCAAUACGUAAAAAAGAGGGCAGAUAAGUUUUUAUGUAUACGUAGCCGAAAUUAAUGUAGAUUUUAUUUCUAUUUUCAAACUUACUAUUUACAAUAGCGAAGCACCCCAGAAAGCAACGCAAGUCUGUAUAUCUGCUCGUUCUAAGGCUAGGUAAAAAAAAAAGAAAAAGAAAGGGAAAAUCGCGAAUGUAUUAACUCGCUACAACGCUCUUCUGCUCUAUAUAAACUGUUCAACAAUUUAUUAUAAAGUGUGAUUGAGAAUCGCCAUCCAAAGUAUACACAUUAUUAGCUUGUAAUAAUUGUAAUAGUUUAAAACACACACACACACAGCAAAAAAGAAAAUAGCACUAUGCGGAUUAUAUGCUCAGUUUAAUUGUUAGUAAAGCAGUGCUUGCGAAGAUUUAUGUAAAUUUAUUUAUUUAUUUAUUUACAACACAUCAUCAGUGUAGCACACAAGGAUGACACUUUUGUUGUGAGGCAUGAUAGUGUCCUCGAUUCAUGGGUAUUUACGUGUACUGUUCGUGAACACUAGCUAUGUACCUAUAGCUAGAGAUAUGUGUUCCAAACUCUUGUUUUUUUUUCAGCCUUAGGUACAUCACAAUGUUGUUCGGAUUAACGAACAUCUAGCUAUACGUAGUUAGCACGAACUGUUUGAAAUUUCGUUUACUGGUGAACCUGGUCGCCGGCUACACACGUUCAACAUGAUUUUACCGGAAAUAUAUUAGGCAUGUUCUACUGA